AUGACAGGCUGCGAUAUAGUAUACCACAUAGCUUUGCCGUUCCUCGUCCCACAGCUAAUCAAGGACGGGAUGAAAGACUGCAUCGAACCUGCUCUGCAAGGCACCAAGAACGUCCUUCAGUCCGUCAAUGAGACCCAAACUGUCAAGCGUGUCGUUCUCACAUCAUCCAUUGCAGCAAUCUACGGUGAUAGUGCAGAUGUGCUAGAGAUGAAAGACUCGACCCUUGCUGAAACAUACUGGAAUGUCACAAGCACCGCCGCCGAGAAUCCAUACAGUUACUCGAAAAUGAUUGCCGAGCGUGAGGCCUGGAAGAUGCAGAAAGCGCAAAACCGCUGGGACAUGGUCGUUAUAAACCCUGGACUCGUCCUUGGACCGUCUCUAUCACCCGAGUCAGCGUCUGGAUCCUUAUUCAUGAUCGAGAAUAUAUACCGUGGUGAGAACAAGAUGGGUGCACCUGAGCUUCAAUAUCCCAUUGCGGAUGUACGAGAUGUUGCAGAGGCACACGUGAAGGCAGGGGAGACUCCCAAUGCGAACGGAAGAUAUAUAAUUGCUGGUGAUCACAGCUUGAGCAUCUUAGACAAGGCAAACCUAGUUAGGCCGAUACACAAACAACCUAGCUUACUUCCCAAGAAGAAUCUUCCCAAGGUUAUGCUGUAUGCUGUCGGUCCCUUCAUGGGACUCUCAUGGAAAUGGGUAUGCGCGAACAUUGGCAUUGGGUACAAGGUCAAUAACCAGAAAAGCGUCCGAGAAUUGGGCCUCGUAUAUCGCCCGGUAGAAAGCGUCGUUCGAGACCACUACCAAUCUUGGCUUUCCACCCUAUCAGCAUAA